AUGUAUAAAAGAACUAAAUUCCAUAUUUACGGCACUGAAAGUGAAAAUGAGUAUGUGAAAGUAUUGGAAACUCCAGAGCCUUUGAACUUCAGCACGUGCAUUGCUCGACUUCCAAAUGGUGAGCUAUUAAGCUUUGGCAAUGAUAACCCAACAUCAGGACUUGCAUUGAUAAUUGAUUGAAAUUUUAAAAUCAGAGAACUUCCAUCUGGAAUUUAUUAUUUAUUCUAUUUGUAUUUUCCUCUUAAAGAAUGAUUCUUUUUGAAAUAAAUUUUUUUUAAAAAAUAUUAAGCCAUCUGGAACUCCUUGCCACGGUUCUUCUGCUAUACUCUCGUUAAUUAGGAAUUAA